AUAACCAGGAAUCAGUCGCAUCGCCGUCACUAGGCUGUGAGAAUUAUUAUAGUGUACAAGUCAAAUAAGCUUAUUGUAUGUGCUACUGACCCGGAUGCUGUGAGGUUUAUUUAACGCACUAGACAUCAGAGAAUUCAAUUUGACUGGGAGACUGCUUCAAAUGGCUCCCAGAGGAUAUACGCGAUUGCAUCGCUCCGUUGACGGAGACGAUAUCUCUAUUCAAAGCUUCACGGAGCCAAGUGUCGUUGGGGAACAGCAUGACCUCGAGUCCAAUUCAGGUGCAGAGGGCAGAUCAGACUACACGCUCUCGUCUGAAGACACGAAGAUUGAUACUCCGUCUGGCAGCGAGAGGUCAUCACUGAUGGGGGACCUCCCACCUCACUACGAAGACGUCAUCCCUGAUACUGUACCUGUAGCUAUAGAGGAGAAACUUGAUGGCGCGAAACUCUCAAGCUUGCGAUCUCAUUACGAGCCUCGGGAGGCUCCCAGUGAGGGGUUCCCAGAUGCGACAAACAUUCGACAGCAGAAACGGAGGAGGUUCAGAAGAAUCUGCUUGAUUGUCUCUCUCAAGCUACUGGCACUUUCUACGCUUGUAUUCUUCUUGCUUUCCUUUUCUGGUGUUUGUCGAAUGUGGCGUACUGGACACACCGGUAGCGCACCAGCAAAGGUGUCAUCUGAGCGUGAAAUAGUCAUCAAGAAGGGCUCCGAGUCUAUCUGGGGUCGCUGGCCACUCUAUGACUUACUAUCAUUGUCUACCGACUCUGGUAGCAUUACCGUGAACAUCGACCCGCAACCUGCUGACCCGGAGCACCCGGACAAGCCGGCUCGCAUCGUGCUCAAGAGCGUGUCCGGGUCCAUCGUUGUGUCCUUCAGCUCACCACAGGCCGCUUCCAUGCCAGAAGUGGACAUGCAGAUGGAUGUGGACGAGCUGAAGGCAGCACCCGGAGAUGAUGCAGUUAUCGACAAACACCGUGGGGGACAUCGAAAUGAUGCCUCUUCCGGUCAUCUCCCAGCUCGGCCUUAUGAGCUGGAAAUCCAGACCGUAUCUGGAAGCAUUUAUGGCCGUUUCGUAUUCUCCAAGAGUGCCAGCCUUCAGACUGAAAGUGGCUCCAUCAAUGGAGUCCUAAUUCCGGUCGUCUACGACGACCUACCUUCGAACAUCUCGCUCAGCACAGCAACUGUAAGCGGCCACCAUCAUAUCCGCGUAACGGAGCCGUUCCUCGUAUCCAAAUCUCAUACCACGCCUCAGAAGCACAGACGCGUGGUGGACCAUGCUACUGCUUCGCACAUCAGCCAUGGAUCUGGAAACAUCAACGUUGCGUAUCCACCAUCCUGGGCCGGCAAUGUCAGUGCCUCAUCGGGGUCAGGCAGUAUCCACCUCCACGGUAAGGGUCUGAAGAUCAUCGAACAGAGCAGAGGCCACGCAGUCGGUACCAAGGAGCCUUCUGAUGAUCAGGAACCUAGAUGGUGGGGAGGCCAGGGUGACAUGAAGGUAUCCGUGGGAUCUGAGGGAUCGGGAUCUGUUAAUUUCGUCGUUGGAUGAUUGAGAGGUUAGGAACAUGCCUUCUUUUGUCAUGACACUCAACACCUACUAUUAUGAAUGAUACGCUUCAGCAGGGCUCAUUACACCAUGCCUUCUCGCCCUUGUAGUUUACAUUUCCCGUCAUUCAUUAAGAC